AUGGCGAAUUCGAGACAUAUGGUAAAUUUUGCUGUCCCAAGAAGAUUCAUCACUACGUUCAAAAAAGAUUGUAAAGAAACAUUCUUCCCCGACGAUCCCUUUCGUAAGUUCAGACACGAUAGACCACUGCAGAAAUUCAAGAAGACGGUCCAAUACUUCAUCCCCGUAUUCGAAUGGUUGCCUGCCUACAAUUUCCGUUUACUUAGAUACGAUUUGCUCGCCGGCAUCACCAUUACAACCCUUGCAAUCCCUCAAGGGAUCAGCUACGCCAAACUGGCUGAUCUUCCGCCGAUUAUCGGCCUGUAUUCGAGCUUCGUACCGCCUUUUAUUUACGCCCUGUUCGGGAGUUCGAAGAACUUGGCGGUGGGUACGGUGGCGGCAUGCUCGUUGCUCCUUCAUGAAACCCUUGGAGCAGCAGUUUCGUCAAAAGAUGAUCCCACGUUGUACCUUCAUUUGAUUUUCACUUCCACUUUCUUCACCGGGAUUUUUCAGACUGCUUUAGGGUUUUCAAGACUGGGAAUAUUGGUUGAUUUCUUAUCACAUUCGACCAUCACUGGUUUCAUGGGAGGGACUGCCAUAAUAAUUUGCCUGCAACAGUUGAAAGGCUUACUUGGUUUAAAACACUUCACCACUGAUACCGACGUCGUUUCGGUUAUAAAAGCAGUUUUCCGAUAUAAAGACGAGUGCAAGUGGCAAAGCGUUGUUGCCGGUUUAGUCUUCCUUUGUUUCCUGCAAACGGCUCGAUACGUGAGGCAACGAAAACCAAAGCUGUUCUGGGUAUCAGCUAUAUCUCCGAUGGCAGUUGUUGUGGCCGGUUGCCUUUAUGCGUAUUUCGGCAAGGGUGAACAACAUGGAAUCGCAAUCGUGGGUGACCUGAAGAAGGGAUUGAAUCCUAUAUCAAUUCAUUAUUUGAACUUUGAUAGCCGUUAUCUUCCGGUAACUAUUAGGGCCGGUGUCGUCACUGGCCUUAUAGCAAUGGUUGAAGGUAUAGCAAUAGGACGAAGCUUUGCCAUCAUUAAAAAUGAACAGGUUGAUGGCAACAAAGAAAUCAUAGCCUUUGGGUUCAUGAACAUAGUCGGAUCUUUCACUUCAUGUUACUUAACAACCGGGCCAUUCUCAAAAACAGCAGUGAAUGUGAGUUCUGGGUGUAAGAGCGCAAUGUCGAAUGUGGUACAAGGGGCGUGCAUGAUGUUAACACUAUUGUUCUUGGCUCCUGUGUUUAGCUACACCCCUUUGGUAGCCUUAGCCGCCAUCAUCACGUCCGCCAUGCUGGGACUCAUCAACUACGAGGAGAUGUACCACCUCUUCCAAGUCGAUAAAUUCGACUUCCUCAUCUGCAUGGCCGCCUUCUUCGGCGUCAGUUUCAAAAGCAUGGAUGUCGGCCUCUUGCUUUCGGUGGGAUUGUCUUUACUUAGAGCACUCUUAUAUGUGGCAAGGCCUGCACCUUGUAAGCUGGGUAAACUUCCCGAAACAAGUUUAUAUCGUGACGCCGAGCAGUAUCCGGAGACGACAUCGUUGGAAGGAAUCCUUGUUAUUCAACUCGGUUCCCCCAUUUAUUUUGCAAACUGCACUUACAUAAGAGAAAGGAUUCUAAGGUACAUUUACGAAGAAAAUGAUGCUUCACAAACUGAAGUUGAGCAUCUUUUGCUAGAUCUGUCAGGAGUUUCAUCCACUGACAUGUCAGGCAUUGAAACAUUCAUUGAGCUAGGUAGAGUAUUGAAAGGGAAGAAUAUCAAGCUAGGAAUAGUGAACCCCAGGAUCGAAGUUUUGGAGAAAAUGACGUUAGCGAAAUUCGUGAAUGUCAUCGGGAAACAAGCUUUCCACUUGUCGGUGGAAGAAGCGAUUCAAUAUUGUCGAUUUACGCUUGAUGAUACCAGGAAACCAACGGCGGAACCAUCCUUUCGUAACGAUGAUGCUGCUUAA